UUCGAGCCAAGCCUCUCAGAUAGCCCAGGUGUAUUUAAAGCCAGCCACAGCCCAGAUAUAUGGCUGUCCCAUCCCUGCUUGUGGUAGGUGCCACCACCCUGCAGCACUGCUGUCCUCUAUCCUUCCCAUCCUGCACACUUUUGUAUUUCCCAUCACGCACGUCAGCAGUGCUUGCAGGAACAAAAAACCCAUUGCAAUCCAUAUGUGCAUUGGUACCACGCCUGGCCAGGUGAUCUGACUUUCCCUUUAAGCUGUAGCGAAUGGCUCUUCCACUGUGACUCAAGUUCACAGUGCAAAGACCAGAGUCAGUGUGCACUGCACCUCACUUCCUCCUCUGGUCACCUGUUGUCCUGGUUGCAUACAACAAGCAGAGCAGCUACCUGUCUCACCUGGCAGUCUUCUCCACACUCCUGCUGCAUGGAGAACAUCGGGAACUUCUGCAUCACCUGGGCACAGAGGCUGUGCUGCUGCUGCUGCAACAGAGGUGAAGACAAAUCCACCGAGCUCACACAGGUGGAGGAGAGACCAGCAACUGGACAAGGCCAACUGCCCAGCUCCACAGGUCUGAAGGAUGAUGGAAAUGGAAACAGCAGACCGCAGCCACCUCCAAAGAGAGACCUCAGCGGCCAGCAAGCCACCAAGGAGCCCCACAAGCAGAAGCAAACUGUUACUUCCUACACUAAUGAAGGAACCCACGUGACAGUGGAGAUCCAUCCCAAGGGCACCUCCCCGCAGUUCUUCAAGAAGCUCUCCUUUGGGAAAGGUCCCCGGAGAUUGCCCAGCCUGAGAGGCCAGGACAACAAAGCUUUUGAAAGGACCGAAGCCCCAAGGCCACCCAGCGCAAAAGACCUGCAUGUGUAUCCAUGGGACAAAUCCUCUUUGAAAUCCCUGGCAGUGGAUCUACAGAAAUUUGAGAAGCUGGAUGCCUAUGCAUUAAAAGUGAACACCAAGAGCAGCGUAGAGGAGCUCGUCCAAAUCCUGCUUAAACAAGCCCGGACUGACCUGGAGAAAGUCCGUGUCAUAUGGAUGUGGAUAUGCCACCACAUAGAGUACGACGUAGUGGGCUUCCAUAACAAAAGCCUGAGGCUGUGUGAACCCAUGGAUGUGCUGAGGACGGGGAAGAGCGUCUGUGAGGGAUACGCUGGGCUCUUCCAGCAAAUGUGCAGCGUUGCAGGGAUCCAGUGCAUGAAGCUGUCGGGGUACUCCAAGGGCUACGGGUACAAGAUUGGGCAGACCUUCCAGGGGAAUUCUGACCAUGCCUGGAACGCCGUCUACCUCGAUGGGAGGUGGCAUCUCCUGGACAGCACCUGGGGAAGCGGCACUGUGGACGAUACCUCAACCAAGUUCACCUUCAGAUACAACGAGUUUUACUUUCUGACUCACCCGGCUCUCUUCGUGAACAAUCACUUCCCAGAUAACAGCAACUGGCAGCUCCUCAAACCAACGCUGACGCUGAAGCAGUUUGAGAGCAACCUGCAGCACAACAGCGACUUCUACAAGCUGGGGCUGCUGGAUGCACACCCACAGACAGCCCUCAUCCAGACAGAAAAUGGAACAGCCACCAUAUCAGUGGAGUGCCGCCCUUCCACGUUAUUCACCUUUAAGCUGGAGGGAACAGACGAACACGGCUUGCUGACCUUGCGGAAGCAGGGGAUGAAGCUGGAGAUCUACCCCCAGAAGACGGGACGUCAGGAGCUGCAGAUCUUUGCCAGACCCUCCAAAUCCACAGAAGACGUCUACACCUGCGUGCUGGAGUACAUCGUGGAGUGCAAGUCCGUGGACAAGAGCAGGCGCUUCCCAAAGGACCUGCACCAGCCCGUGGGGCCCAGCUGGUUCACGGAGAAACAGGGCUUCCUGCGGCCCUCGCACCCCGACCCCAUCAUUCACACCAACGACGGGCGCUGCUCCCUCACCUUCACCAUGGGGAAGGACAUCAGCAUCCUGGCCUCGCUGCACGCCGACAGCAGCAGCCUGAGCGAGGAGAUGAGCAGGCAGCACAUCAUGCAAAUCCACCGCGGCAACCAAGUGGAGUUUAAGGUCCACCUGCCCCACGCGGGGAGCUUUGUUCUGAAGUUUUUCACCAAGAAGAAGUCAGAUCCCGGCAGUUACACCUUCGUCUUCAACUACCUCAUCACCUGCCUGAACACCGAGGUGAAGUGGCCCGCCUUCCCACUGAGGUACAGCAAAUGGGCAGAGGGCUACGAACUGCUGGAACCACUCUCCAGGCUGCUGCCAGCCAACCGCAACGUGCAGUUCAAGCUCAAAAUGCAGGGCAUAUCCAAGGUGCUGGUGCAGGCGGGGGACACCUACACACUGACCCUGAGCAGAGACGGCUUCUGGGAGGGAACCUGCAACACCGCGGGGUGCACGGAGCUCUUCGUCAUGGUGCACGAGAACGCCAACCACGGCUACUACUCACAUAUCCUCAAGUACGACGUUGAGACGCAGUAA